CCAAACCCAAAAAGACACUACAAGUAAAAUAUUGCCAAUCGCUCUCUCCUCGUAGAACCCAUUCGCUUUCUCUUUCGAGACCCAAUCUUGGUGCAACAACCUCCGAUUCGCUUUGUCCUUACCGGUUUAGCCUCGUUCACACUCUCACACGAUUCCGUAGGAUCCUACAAUCCUGUCUUCCUCACCACAUUAGUUCUAAAACGGGUUUUUCGUAGAUCCAGCUCUCGAUCUUUUGAGCGCCGAAUUGCUGUAAUUGCCGAGUAAGAUCAAUGGAGGUUAUUUACUUGUGAGUUUUAUUGAAACAAAGAAGUGAAAGUUUUAAGGAUUUUUUCAGAGAAUGAGAGAAGGGUUGAGAUCUAGUGUUAAUUUAUUGCGGAAAUCGGUGAAAAAUGAGGUUUCUCCGAGUGAAUUGACUGACGAGGAGAAACCGAAAUUGAAUCAAGAUGAGGCGUUAAGAGAAGACAUGGAAGUGGAUCAGAGAGAUGGGUUAAAAAUUGAAGAAUGUGAAGGAGGGAGUGAUGCGGGGGAGUGUAAUGCUGCUGAGACUAGUAAAAGUAGAAGGAAAAGAAGUAGAGUUGCUAGCGAGGGAGAGAGCGAGGAUGGUAGCUCGCUCAAGGGCAAGAGUGGUGACGGGUCUGAGAAGAGAUUGGCUGAGGUGAAAAAGAAAGACAGUGAGGCCUGUGAUCACGAGGAGGGGAAAACAUUAAAGCGCAAGCGUGGGAGGCCUCCCAAGGCUCAGAAGAGUGAUGGGUCUGAGAAGACAAGGAUCAAGGCGGUAAAGGAAGAAAGCAAUCAAUAUGUCGGUAAAGAGAGUGAACAGCCAGAUAAUGAAGUGAGGGAAAACUUAAAGCCUAAGCGUGGGACACCCCCCAAGGUUCAGAAGAAUGACGUGUCUGAGAAGAAAAGGGCCGGGGUGGAAAGGGAAGAGGGAAAUCAUUAUGUUGGCGAAGAGAGUGAUCGAUCAGAUGAUGGGGCAAGUAGAAGAUUAAAGCAUAAGCGUGGAAGGUUCCCCAAGGCUCAUAAGAGUCACAGGUCUGGGAAGAAAAGAGGCAAGGCAGGUAAAGAAGGUAGUGAUCUAUCUGCUGGUGAAGAGAGUGAACAGUCAGAUAAUGAGGUGAGUGAAAAAUCAAAGCCUAAGCGCGGGAGACCCCCCAAGGCUAAGAAGAGUGACAAGCCUGAGAAGAACAUUGAGGCGGUUGAGGAUGACACUGCAGAAUCAUCUGGUGAAGAGAGUGAUGAAUCUUAUGGAAAAGUGGGGAUGAGGUUGAAGCCUAAGCGUGGGAGACACAGCAAGUUGAACAAGGGCAUAAAGGUGGGCGGGCCGAGGAAAAGACAGUUGGGAAAAAAGACAAGACAUAAUAAGAACCACAAUGUGGGAGCUAGAAGUGCGUUAUCUGGAGGGAAAAAAUCUAAUGCAACGGAGUUAGCAACAGCUAGGAAGAUCAAAUUCAUUAAAGAUGAAAAGGAAGAGGGGAGAAAUAAACAGAAGGCUGUAGUGAGAGAUAAAAUUAUAGAACUUCUUUUGGGUGCAGGCUGGACAAUCGAGCAUAGACCUAGGAAUGGUAGAGAUUACUGCGAUGCUGUGUAUGUUAAUCCUGAAGGAAGGACCCACUGGUCUGUCACCUUGGCUUACCGGAUUCUUAAGCAGCAUUAUGAAGGUGGCGGUGGUGAUUCAAAUACUUGUAAGACUGGUUUCAAGUUUACUCCUCUACCAGAUGAUGAACUCAGCAUACUAACAAAAAUAAUAGGCAAGGAAAGGAGUGAUAAAAAUAAAAAGAAAAAGAAAUGGAAGCAAGGUGAGGGUGAGAAAACGGGUGAAGGAGUUGCAAAACUGAAAAAUAAGAAAGGAAAACUGCACAAGAGAAAACUGGAUGCUGCGGCAACUCCUGGCCGUAAGAAGCUGAAGGACAGGACAAAACAUAAAUAUUCUCUCUCCGAACAGGAUGACUGUUCUGGUACAUCAGACGACAGAACAGCAGUCAAGGAUCGUAAGCAACUCAAAACACAUAAUAGAAAGCGGUGUGCUCUAAUGAUUCGCAAUUCUAAGGAGGGUGCAGAUUCAAAUGGUGAUGGAUAUGUGCUGUAUAAUGGGAAGCGAACUGUACUUGCCUGGAUGAUUGAUUUGGGCUCUGUGCCAUUAGAUGGAAAGGUGCAGUACUUGAAACGCAGGAAGACACGGACAGUGCUCAAGGGUAAAAUCACAACAGAUGGCAUUCAGUGUGAUUGCUGUGGUGAAACUUUUGCAAUCUUAGACUUUGAGUCUCAUGCAGGCAGCAAAUCCUGCCAGCCACUCAAAAACAUAUGUUUAGAGAACGGACAUUCACUCUUGCAAUGCCAGCUAGAGUCAUGGAACAAACAAGACGAGUCUGAUCGUAAAGGGUUCCAUUUUGUUGAUACUGAUGAUCAAGAUCCAAAUGAUGAUACAUGUGGGAUUUGUGGAGAUGGUGGAAACCUGAUUUGCUGUGAUAGUUGCCCAUCAACAUUCCAUCAAAGCUGCCUAGAGAUAAAGAAGUUCCCUUCAGGUGUCUGGAAUUGCACGUAUUGUUCAUGCAAAUUUUGUGGGAUGGCUGGUGGGGAUACAUGUCAGAUGGACGAAAAUGAUACUGCUGCCCAACCCGCAUUAUUGGCAUGUUGCUUGUGUGAGGAAAAAUACCACCACUCUUGUAUUCUUGCCGAGAACACUGUAAAUGAUGGUUACAGCAGUGUAUCCUUCUGUGGGAAAAAAUGCCAAGAGUUAUAUGAUAAACUACAGGCACUUCUUGGGGUUAAACAUGAAAUGGAAGAAGGCUUUGCGUGGACUCUUGUUCGCAGAUUUGAUGUUGGCUCUGAUAUUUCUCUUAGUGGAAUGCAUCGGAAAGUUGAAUGUAAUUCCAAGGUAGCUGUUGCGUUGCACAUAAUGGAUGAGUGCUUUUUGCCCAUGCCUGACCAUAGAAGUGGGGUCAAUCUGAUUCGUAAUAUUGUAUAUAAUUUUGGGUCGAACUUCAAUCGACUGAACUACAGUGGUUUUCUGACUGCAAUUUUAGAGCGAGGGGAUGAAAUAAUCUCGGCUGCAUCUAUUAGGAUCCAUGGGAACCAUUUAGCAGAGAUGCCAUUCAUUGGGACCCGCCACAUGUAUAGGCGUCAAGGAAUGUGCCGCCGGCUUCUAAGUGCAAUUGAAACUGCACUCUGCUCCCUAAAUGUCGAGAAAUUGGUCAUACCGGCGAUCUCUGAGCUAAGGGAAACCUGGACUUCUGUUUUUGGUUUUAAGCCACUUGAAGGAUCGAGCAAGCAGAAAAUGAGGAACAUGAAAAUGGUGGCAUUCCCUGGCAUUGAUAUGUUACAAAAACCAUUGUUGAAGCAUCAUCAGUUUGCUGAAGCAAAUAUGGUUUCCACUGAAGGCUCCAUGGAACUAAAGGAACAUCAUACCAUGGAUGAGACAUCAAGUAAUUCUGAUGAGAAAUGUUCACCAGUGAGAUUUGAUUUGAAAGUUUCCACUGAAACUAGUGCACCUCAUACUGGCAAAAUAAAUGAUCAAGCUGCUGCAGUUGAAUCUGGCUCCAUGGCUGAUUGCCUGAAUGAUACUUCUGACAUUACAAGUGAAAAUGCUACCCUAUCCACUUGUCCCAAGGAAAAAACGGGUGGUCGAUUGAGUGUUGUUCCUGAUAAUCUGAAGGGGAGAGACAAAAAUACUUUGAAGACUCCUGAUUAUAUGGGUGAUGCUAAUGAACAAACUAGAGAGGUGGCUGAACAUCAGGGUACUGUUUCUGGUUUCAUUGCCCCCUCCGAUGGUAAGAGGAAGGUGAAAGGGGAUGCACAUGUGAACCAGAGUGGUGUUUCUGAGGUUGAAAGCAAACUGUCUGGCAUAUCUUUUAUGGGGUCUGAAGCUGCUGACUUUCAAGGACAAUGUCAGUUAGCUUCCAAGGAGGAUACAGAGAAUGUUCCUUGUGAAGUGAAAGUUGAAGAUAGCAGUGAUAGACAGAACCGCAAUUCUGUGCAUACCUCCUCUGAGAUCAUAACAAGUCAACCCCGGCACUUGGUUUCCGAGCUUGAACUUGAAGUUUCAGGUACCAAUGCUGCUCAUCAUGAGUCUACCACCUGCAAUAUUUCCGGUGAUGUAGCUCAAUCAACAACCACACCACUUCCUCAGAAAGUGCAAGAUGAUGGUAAUGAUCAUUGUGGUGUAUUGCCUGGCAACCAAAAUAUUAGUUCUUGUCAGGUUAAGGAGCCUAUUUCCAAGGAAAUGGUUGUCCUUGCUACCGCUGAUCCUAAUUCUGAUGUCACUGCUAAACGUGAUCUACAAUCUUGCAGAAGCAAUGGAUUUUGCUUUGCCACAGAGCUCGGAGUGAGCUCUUGUGGAGUUGAUGUAGAUAGAGUCCAUGACCUCAAAGAAGUAUCGGACACAGUUCAAAGUGAUGCUAUUUCUCCUUAUGGAGGUUCUAUUUCUGAUGGGCCUCGGAUGAAUAUCAAAUCUUCAGAGCACGCCAAUUCUGUUUCUGAGGUUGAGCCUGCUAGUUUGACAGGGGGCAUCUCCGAACCUUUAUGUAAUUCAAGCUCUGCUCGCCUGCACUGUGCCUCUGGUGGUGGUAAUUCCUGCGGUGCACCUGAGGUGAUAAUUUUGUCAAACCAGGCUAGUUGAUUUCCGUCUGUGCUCUCCUUUUGGCAAUAGAAAGCAAGAAAGUUGUGGAUGGCAGCCAUGGAUAAAUGUGGUGAAUUUUUCCUCAAGCAGAACUUAGAUGUCUUCUUUACAGACCUCAUCCUGCGAUUUUGUCAUUGAUUAGGAUGCCAAGAUAGCACUCGAAUGCCAUGUUGAUGACUGACUACAGCUUUGGCAGGUGUUUGCGGUACCAAGUUUGUCAUCUUAAUAUCAUACGUGCAUCUAGCAUUCUAAAGGAAACUUUUUGUACAGUUACGAGCCUCUCAAGUCAUUAGUUAUUUCUAGCCAACUCAUGUUAGAUUUAGAUGUAAUUGAGGUUUGUUCAUCUUGGACCUCUCCUGUGCCUAACGCAAAUGGAAAAUUCAUUGAUGAAAAAUACGAAAGAGCCUAGAUUGAUGUGA